GGCCAUCGCUUUUGCCAGAGGUUGUCCACGGGUUGGACGUUGUAGUGAAAGGAGGCUAUGGAUGCGUCUGGAUGUGGGAUGAAUGUUCAGGAAAGCGAAGAUGCAAUGUGCACGCUGCUUUUCCUCCUCUUCCAGUGGGUGAGCAGACGAGACAUGGCAGCAUUGGCGGUCGUGGAGGCGGUGUCGCUGAUGCCUUUCGUCCACCAAAAUGUCUCCGCCGCGGUGACACUACUGGUUGGGGGGUUGUUGCAUGGUUUCGCCCUCGGUGCACUGGCGGUGGAGGAGAUGGGGAGGACGCUGGACCACAGACGUCGUCUGUGGGUUUUGGAGCGUAGCGGUGGUCUUUGGAAGGAUCUCCAGCGAGUAGGGGGCGAGCACGACAAGGUCUUCCUUCGGUUUUGCAGACUUCCGCGCCCCUUGUUCUUCGAAGUUCUUGCUCGCAUCAGCCCGCACAUCCAGCGGUCGCCCACGACCUUCAGAAUGCCAUUACCCGCCGGACAGAAGUUCGCAUGGGCUCUUAUGAGAUGGGCUACUGGCGGUUAUUACAGCCAAUCCUCCCACAGCUUGGGGAUGGACCUCGCAAGUGGUUUGCGCAGCAACGAGGAAGUGGCCGACGCCAUCAUCCGGGAGUACGGUCAUCUGCUACAGUUCCCUACGGGACAGCGGUUGGAGGACGUGCAAAAUGGAUUUGAGAGAAAAGGGUUCCCCGGGUGUGCGGGCGCCAUAGAUUGCACGCAUCUGUAUAUUGACAAGCCGAAGGGAGCGCGGUCGGAGUGCUAUUACCACCACACGGGGGGGUUCUCGGUUGUGGCACAAGCCGUUAGCGACCACGAGUGUCGGAUUUGCAGUGUUUUUGUCGGUUGUCCAGGGUUUGUGCACGAUUCCAGAGCUAUGUGCAUCUCAGCACUGUAUGUGAAUGCUACGGAGGGUAGAGGAGUGUUGGCUGAGGGAGGUGUCGUCUUGCACGACGGCAGACAUGUUGGCAGGUAUUUGCUGGGUGAUCAAGGGUACCCUYUYCUUCCAUGGCUCAUGACUCYGUUUGGUCGGUUUGCUCGAACGGAACAUGAUCGGRCGUUYGAUUUGASCCAYAGUGCAGCGAGGUCGUGCAUUGAACGGACUUUCGGYCGUCUGAAGGCGGUUUGGAGGAACUUCAUUCGAAGACACAUCUGCAACCUGAAGACCGUCUGCAAAGAAUUCAUGGCCAUCUGCAUUCUCCACAAUCUCAUGAUCAUCCACAACGUGCACAUCGACCCCGCGCUGAUGGAAGACAGCAGUGACAGUGAUGGCGAUGAAGAGCAGCACAGGAACCGUCGACGGCGCCAAUUCCAUCGGCGAUUCAACCGUCAUCUUCCGGACUUGAACAUCGAGGCGCCUACGGAGGACGACCCCACUUACGGGGGGGAACUCACGGCUCAUGUGAGGGCCAGCCUGGUGGAGCACGUGCGCCACCACGUGGCAGUCCACGGGGCUCCUCAGCCAUGCCCAUGGAGGUAGUGGUCGUCUUUCAUUACACAGGGCAUAAACCGGAUGAUAAAUUUUAGUGCCAGUG